CCCAAAUUCACCCAGCAAAUUGCAAUGCAAGUAGUCUAGCUACAAUAAGGUCUUGACUAAUUGUCUUUACUACUCUCAUUGUAAGCCAUCACUAUUCAACUUAAUAACUGCCAAGCUUCAAUUCUAAUUUGUAACAUACACCAAGCUACUCAAAGCACAAACUGCAUCAUGGAUAUUUUAUAUGCAAAUCAAACUGUAAUGCUGAAGGAGGCUAAGCAAGUAAUGAAGAAAGUUAUUAGCGAGGAUCCAAUGGAGAGUUUAUACAUGGUUGACUUAAUCCAAAGGCUUGGGAUUGAACACCACUUUCAAGAGGACAUUGAAGCUGCACUUGAGAAGCAACAUUUCAUAGUGAGCACAGAUCCCAUUGAUUUUUUCCAAAGCCACCAACUUGACAAUGUUGCACUCUCAUUCCGUUUACUCAGACAAGGAGGUUAUUCCCUUAACGCAGAUAUAUUUGAGAGGUUGAAAAAUAACAAAGUGCAGUUCAGAGAAGAAUAUGGUGAAGAUGUGAAGAGUCUCAUAGCGGUACAUGAAGCAGCGCAGCUAAGCAUUGGAGAAGAAGAUACUUCUCUUGAGGUUGUGGGGCGCCUCUGCCACGAGCUUCUUCAUUCAUGGCUGUCAAGGCAUCAUCAUCAUCAUGAAGCUCAAUACGUUGCAAUCUCUCUUCAGCAACCGCUUCAUCACAACUUGCCUAGAUUCAUGGACAAAACCAUCUUGCUUAGGAAUUUCAAGCCCGACAAAGAAUCUGUGUGCUUUGUGGAACUUGCAGAAAUCAAUUCCUGCAUAGUUAGGCUCAUGAACCAGCAUGAAGCCGUUCAAGUUUCAAAAUGGUGGAAAGGGGAGGCUAUGUCGAAGGAGCCGAAAUUUGCAGAGUAUGAAGCUCUAAAAUGGUACAUGUGGUCCAUGGCAUGCUUCACAGAUCCGAGCUUUUCAGACCAAAGGCUUGAGCUCACCAAACCUAUCUCUCUGGUCUACAUCAUUGAUGACAUUUUCGAUGUUUAUGGCACGUUGGAUCAGCUUAUUCUAUUUACUGAUGCGGUUAAGAGAUGGGAAUUCACCGGAACAGAGCACCUUCCCGAAUUCAUGAAAAAUUGUUUAAGUGCUCUAUAUGAAAUUACAAAUGCUUUCGCCGAAAAGAUCUACAAAAAGCAUGGAUUGAAUCCUAUAAAUACCCUUAAAAAAUCGUGGGUGCAAUUGUUGAAUGCUUCCUUGGAAGGGGCACAUUGGUCUGAUUCUGGUGAAUUGCCAAAUUCAGAGGAGUACUUGAAUCAUGCAACUGUAAGCACUGGAGUGCACGUGGUGCUUGUCCAUUCAUUUUUCCUUUUCCAUCAAAAUAUAACAAAGGAAACUCUUGCAAUUUUAGACGACUUUUCAGACAUUAUAUAUUCCGUCGCAAAAAUCCUUCGUCUUUGUGAUGACUUAGAAGGACACAAGAAUAAAAAUCAAAGUGGGUUUGAUGGGUCAUACAUUGAGUGCUACAUGAGACAACACCAAGAGACAUCAGCAGAAGAUGCAGAAAGGCAUGUUGAGGAGCUGAUUUCAAUGGAAUGGAAGCGUCUCAAUCGACAAGUGUUGGGCAGAGAUCAGCAAUUUCCAUCGUCAUUUACCAAAUUCUGCCUGAGUGCUGCUAGAAUGGUCCCUCUAAUGUACCAUUACCGCACCAAUCCAAGCCUUUCCAACCUAAAUCAACAUGUCAAGUCUAUUGCUAAUACUGGUGUUGCACACAUGUGAAUUCACUUGUACUAACCUUAUGAACAUGGUCAUGAUUUAAUUUCUUUUCAAAGAAUGAUCAGAAGUUGUCGUUUGCAUAUUAACCUUUGUUCUUUGACAGAAGGCAUCGCCAUAAAGGAUCAGAUGAUUUUUCAUUUUAAUAUAUGCACAUGUACCAGAAAUCAUAUGUUAGUUGAUUUAAUAAGAAUAAUGAAUUUCAAAGAAUACAGGAAAUCACAUGUAUCAGUUGAAGCAUAAUGAAUAGAAUAAGCUGUGUAGGCAA